GCCACUGUCUGUCGAAAUGCUAUAGAUCUUUGCCAUGUUUGUUUAUGGUUAGUUUUGCGAUUUUGCAGUUUUUCUCGAAGUGAAAGUGUUGGUGCAACAUUUUUAUAAACACGAAUUGUUUAAUAAUGGAGAAAAGUGUUAAGCGGAACUCGAAGCAAAGUCCCAACACCGCCGAAGAACAGGAUGUUUAUAGGAAUGUUGUGGAGUUUGAGGAAAUGGAGGCUCGUACCAGAGAUGGUAAAGAAGAUGCUACCAUUUACCUGAACACCUGCACAGAUAUAAGAAGGCUGCUAGGUGACAUUUUAACUUUGAAAUGUAAUUCAGUUGAGAAUAAACCUGCAGUUGCAAAGAAACGUGUUGAAGCAUGCAUGUUAACAUCAGUUCUAAAGAAAUUAAACAGGCUUGAAAAUAUUAGAUUAUCAGCAGCCAGAGAUGCAAUUGCAACAGAAAAGCAAAUGGUGGAAGGUAGAUAUAUGCAAUACCAAAAUCUGCUCUAUGAAGUUGAUCACUAUGAUAGUGAAUAUAGAAAAUGUAUGCAGUAUAUAUCACGGGAUGAGACAAUUGAUCUGAUCUCAACUGAAGAAUUCUUCAAAAAUGCACCUGAAGAUAUCACAAGCAAGUUUCUUGAAGAUAAUGAAAACAAUCAUGAAUUAUACCUGGCCAGACUUGACUUUGAGUUAAAACAGAGAAUUAAUUUGGCUCUUUUAUUAGAGGAUCUGAAGGUGGAGAAGAAGAGUGUCAAGGAAGAGAUAAUAAACCUGAAGGAGAAGUUGGCAGGCUUAGAACCGAAAUUGCUUGAUGUUGUAGCAGCCACAAAGCCACUGCAGGAAUAUUUAGGCUUGAAUAUUGGUGAGAUUAAUCCCGAACAUAAACUCGCCUGCCAUCUUCCCGAUUAUCUUUACUUAAUGUACUGCAAUACAGACGCGUACAGGCAAUUCAUUGACAAAGGUUGCAUUACGAUUGAGAUCAAAGGAGAUUUAGAAGAGGUUCGUCUGUACAAUGAAUCACAGAAGGUGUUACAGGAUGAGACGGAUCACGAACAGGAUUUACAAGAGGAAACAACCGGAAUAAAAAAACAUCGUCGUCGGAAAGGCACUGAGGUUGACCGUGAAGAAGAAAAGAAGAAAAACAUGCUUCUUAAACAUCCGCUGAGUGUGGAAGUAACGAUGAAAACCGAGCACGUCACCCUAAAACUCCACUUUUACUAUUUGCCAACGCUGCGUAUUGUUACAGUCGUAUCUACAACGGAAAGUCUUAGUGAUGUGCUUAAAAACAGCACAUGUGCACAAGUUGUGCUUACUGGCGAAAGCAUCCUCAAUCAACUCUACCCUAAAGACACUGGCACUGAUUCACCGAAUCUUGUCAACUACUAUCAACUGAAACAGGUGGGUAUUGAUCGAUUCCAGGCGCUCAUUUCUCAAUUAGGCUAUGCCUACGGAUGGGCGCAGAAAAUCUGCGGUUUGGAGUUUCUGAACAUGCAGAACGCCGAAAACCGCUUCAGAAAACACGCCCGAAUGUACCAGCAUACUGUCGAGGAGUGUUUCACGAUCAUUGAGCGUCGUUUGAGGGCGCGUGGAGCGCUCGCUAUGCAAAUGUAUAAUUUAGAACAGAAUUUAAUUCCGACGGUGCCAGCGCACAUAUUGCAUCCGAAGAGUGCUUCUUCGACUUUGACCAAAUUCGCAACGACGUCCUUCCAACGCUUUUGUCAGGAUGCGCUCAAUGCGCACACGUUGGUUGACAAAGAGUUGAUUGCAGAGGAUGAUCUCUUCUACUUGGCGGUCAUUGAACGACCCAAAGCGUCUAUGAAUGCAUGGAUUGCAAUCAGAAAUGAUUAUCCGGAUACCGUACCGAUGUUUGUCUUGCAUUUGAAGUAUAAUGGUGAUCAUCAUAGUGAGAAUUCGGAUCAGAUUCGAGACAUGGAGCGGAACGUCAAUGGUGAUUGGAAGACUCGAGCACGGGGAAAGGAUCUUUCGGGGUGUUUACUUGCUGCGCAAUUAAAGUACUUGUGUGCGUUUCUCGACGUAUAUUUGGAGACGAAUGAUGAUUCUGUGUUUUCUAAUUCUACGGUAUUCUUCCGCCCUGUUUCGGGAAGAACGAGAAGGCGUCCUUUUAAGUUUCAUAAAACAGGAAAUGGAAUCUUUGCUCAGUAUUAGUUCCUUUCUCAAAAAUACUUUUAUAUAAUGUAAAAUCAUAGCAUUUAAUCAAGUAGGUAAGAAUGCUGUGUCUAUCGAUACAUCAAGUUUUGUUUUGUACAUUUGUCAUUCAAAAUAUUGUAAUUUUGGCCAUACUUAAAUUGUGUGCUGCGUUUCUUCGCAGUAUUAUUUUAUAGUUCCAAA